UCUUUUUUUUUUUUUUUUUCAGUUGGACUUCCAGUUUCCACUUCGAAUAUUGAUGGUCUCGAAAGUGCAUUUGGAUCCAAGACAUUUUCCAUCACAGAACAAAUCAGGAGCCUCCUCUCCUAUCUCAGAGCAAUACAGACAGCUUAAUAUCAUAUGACCUCAUUUCUCCAUAUUAAAUGAAAAAAGAAUUUUCACUAGCUUUCCAUGAAGCUCAGCUACUGCCUGUUAAUUUUGACUGUUAGUGCUGAUCUUUCAGUUGGAUUCACAGUGGAAAAUGUAGCUUUUAACAGGACGGUUGCUUUUGGGUCUUUCAAUGCAUCACUUCAUGCAGUGUCUCAAGCUUUAAUAAGUUCUCCAGCAUACCAUGAUAUCAUAGCCAAAGAGGGGACCAGUAUUUUAAUUGAAUGUAAACUGAACAUCAGCCAGUAUGAACAUAUCCUUUGGUAUAACUCCAGGGGACACCUGCUUGAACAGCAAGAUGGUGACCGGUGGAGGAUUGCUGAUAAUUCCCUUAACAUCACAAAGGUCAGCUUUGCUGACCGGGGCCGAUACACGUGUGCAGGCAUCAACCAUAAUGAGACCUUGUACUACACAGUCACUCUGAGGGUUACCUUCACCUCAGGAGACAUGAGUAUCUACUACAUGAUUGUGUGCCUCGUUGCCUUUGCCAUCACCCUCAUUUUGAACAUAACCCGUCUGUGCAUGAUGAGCAGCCACCUCCGCAAGACAGAGAAGGCGAUCAAUGAGUUCUUCAGGACGGAAGGGGCUGAGAAGCUUCAGAAGGCUUUUGAGAUAGCCAAGCGCAUCCCUAUCAUCACAUCUGCCAAAACGCUGGAGCUGGCCAAAGUCACUCAGUUUAAGACCAUGGAGUUUGCUCGGUACAUCGAAGAGCUUGCCAGAAGCAUUCCCCUUCCACCUCUGAUCCUCAACUGCAGGGCGUUCAUGGAGGAGAUCUUCGAGGCUGUGCGGGUGGACGACCCCGAUGAAGUCGGCAAGGAGGACAAAGAGUCCCAAGGCUGCGGCGCCCAGGCUGCCAUAUUCCCCAUCAACCCCGAGAUGAAGCGCAGCGACUCCCCAGCAGGGGAUUCCGACGAUGGUUCCAUGAGCGAGCAGGGCCAGGAGAUCGCCGUGCAGGUGUCCAUCCACCCUCAGUCCGAGGUGCAGAGCAUCGACACCGUGUCCCACGACAGCUGCCAGUUUGCGCCUUCUGAGGAGGGCACCUGCUGAGUCCUGCAAUCCAAAGGGGGGUGAAGGAAGCUGGGGUGACCCAAAGAUACUGUGAGAAAGGGGUCUGCAAACAAGCUGCCUCAGUCCCACGUGCACAACAGUUUUCCAAAUUGCAAGGUGCCAGAACUAGUUCUGAAGUCUGUAUUUCCUGUCAGUGUUGAUCUAACGAUUUAAGGCUGUUAGAAGAGGCCACUUGGAAUAUUGUGCAGGGGCUUUUAUUUUUAAAGCAGGCUUGCUGUACUUAACAGAGUUACAAAACAGGAAUUCGUUGUCCUUGUCUCCUUGGUAGCUUCUGAUACUUCUGAUCAGUGUUAGAAGUGGCCAAGCUGAGCAGUACAACUUGCAAUAAGGUCUUUUCCUUUGUGAAUUAUUUCUUUCUUCACAAAGUUGAGCCGAAAUUCCUUUGAGUCAGUGUUGUUGUCCUGAUGAUUUGAGUUGUGUGCUCUUUUUGAGUUGCCUCUUGGUGUGUGCAGCCCAUCAGAACCGCAGUGAGCUUGAACAAAUGUUUUGUGUUGCGUGCUUCUAUGUUGCUAUCAAAAUGUACUGUACUUAGGAAAAGUACCAGGAUCUGCUGCUGGAUUAAACAAACUGCUGUAGUUUCAAAGCAGCUUGGAGAGCAACCAGGGGGUCUCAGUUUUCCAUGCACCUGCAGGAAACUUGUACGUACUCUAGAAGCUUGUUGCUUAAACUUGGUGCUGAUGCCAAAGCGCCUUACCCUGGUUCUGUCCCGCAGAAUGGAGCAGUAACAGCACUGCCAGCAACCGCCUGGCUUUUGACUUUGCUUUGAUUUCACUCACUAUAGAAAAAUCCAAAGGUUUAUAUUGUAUUUGACGUUGUGAGAAAUGAACGACAGUAAUAACACAGUGGCAUAACUAAUGAAUAAACUCAUCUACAGACAGGUGUCUCAGGCACUUCUUUCUGAGCAUUAUGAUUUCUGAGCAUUAUAGGAAAGCAGGUAAAAAGUAGUGACACUUGCUCUGCUCUGGCUAGUGCUGUCAGGAGGCAGUGGCAGAGAGAGUGGCUGGUGGAGGGGCUGGCAAACAGCUCAGCCAGCCCCUGUUUACAGUGUGGAGUUUACAGGGUGGAUCCCAGCCUUAUCCACUGAAGAGGGUGGCAGAAGGGAGAGGUGCUGACAUAACACACAAGUACUUCACCCAGGAUCUCCCAUGUGGCUUCCUCAGCUGUAGAGAUCCAGCCUCCAGGAAUCGGAGGGCACACAAGAAUAUAGUUUCUUCUUUCACUCUUUGGUGCUGAUUUUUUUUUUUUCUCCUUAACAUUUGUAAGUUGCAUCAUUUAAAUAGCAUUUUCUAUCCUGUUGAGAUUUAGUAGAUGUAAAGCUUGUAAGCACUCCACAAAUUAAUUUCUUACAACUACUGGAAGCAUAUUGCCAUAUAAUUUUAACAACUUGGCAACAGGAGCACCAUUUAAUUUCCCACAACUCUUUUUUCUUUCCUUAUUAUUACAGAAAUGUCAGUUGAACAAGUGAUUCUGGACGGCUGCUCAGGAUUCUUAAGAGGAUUUGACGUUAGAUUUACAUGAGUAGAGGUAGAAAACAAGCAGGCACUGUGGUAAUAGCGGGGUGGGGCCAUCUGUGGUAAUUCAUGCUCUGAACAAAUUAUAGUUAUCAUAUCAGAGAGGGGGAAAUGACAGCAUCUGUUACCAUUUUAAACUACCUUCUGGGGAAAGUCCUGCAGUCAGCCACCAGUAAAUGCACCCUAGUUGCCUUUGGCCUGUCGGGUAAGAGUGGUGUUCGUCAGGAAGGAAGGAAGGAAAUUGGUAGCCUUGGUUAUAGUAGCAUUCCCACCAGCUUGGUGCCAUUUCCCGGACUGCAGCAAACUUUAUCUGCUUCAGGGGAAUAAAACCUUCUGUAGACACUUAGAGUAGCUACUGCCCUCAACAGUAACUUCUUUUUUGCUUCCAUGGUUUGAUGGCACUUUAUGUCCACGUGAAAAGUUUGUAUAGUUUUGUGUAAGCAUUUGGUUUCUUUAAGUUCUUCGAGGCGAUCAGUGUUA